AUGCCAUUUUUAAAAUGCCUGGCGAAAGAACUGAAUCUCGGUGCUGUGCUCCUAAGUGGACAGUCAUUCAGAUGGAAGAAAUCUGUUGCAGAAAACAAUGAAAACAUCCCAUCCUCCGCAGACGUGUAUAUUGGAGUUGCCAAACACCGAGUAUGGAAGCUUUGGCGACAGGACAACGAACAUCUUGGCUAUGAAGUACUGGCACGCUUUUCAAAAGCAAACGGAAUCGACGUAGACGCUCUCAGGGAAUAUUUCCAGGUCUUUUUUCUGUAA